ACAUUCACAGUCAAGCGAGACAUCCAAGACAAUGACGAAGAGGCUGUGCGUGUCAAAGAACAGAGUAUCUUGGAGCUGGGCGGACUGCUGGCCAAGACUGGACAAGCUGCUGAAUUGGGAGGUUUGCUGAAGUAUGUCCGACCAUUCCUGAACUCCAUCAGCAAAGCAAAGGCAGCACGGUUGGUGCGCUCUCUGCUCGAUAUGUUCUUGGACAUGGAGGCAGCUACUGGUCAGGAGGUGGAGUUAUGUUUGGAGUGCAUUGAAUGGGCCAAAUCAGAGAAGAGGACCUUUCUCCGACAGGCCCUGGAGGCCCGUCUGGUCUCUUUGUACUUUGACACCAAACGUUAUCAAGAGGCUCUACAUCUUGGCUCUCAGCUCCUGCAAGAGCUGAAGAAGAUGGAUGAUAAAGCUCUGCUGGUGGAACUCCAGUUGCUGGAAAGCAAGACAUAUCAUGCACUAAGCAACUUGCCCAAGGCCAGAGCGGCUCUCACCUCUGCCAGGACCACAGCAAACGCCAUCUACUGCCCCCCAAAGCUGCAGGCUGCUCUAGACAUGCAGUCAGGCAUUAUUCACGCUGCUGAGGAGAAGGACUGGAAGACAGCGUAUUCAUACUUUUAUGAGGCUUUUGAAGGCUACGACUCUAUUGACAGUCCCCGUGCCAUCACUGCACUCAAGUACAUGCUCCUCUGCAAGAUCAUGCUCAACUUGCCAGAGGAUGUGCAGGCCCUGAUCAGUGGAAAGCUUGCCCUCAGAUAUGCUGGCAGACAGGUAGAUGACUGAGCCCAAGGGUCUUGUUCUUUCAAUCUCAUGGUGUAGUUUUUCCAUGACCUCUGCAAGAAAACAGUCAGCAGCUAAGAUCACAUUAUGAUGUUAUAUGUUAUUGUGUUUUUUUCGUAAUAGUUUGAGGUCAAAAUCAGAUAUGGUAAU